AUGCGGGCCUGGCUGCUGGAGCGAUAUGCCUCCUCCACAUUUAACACCUGCCCCCACCACGCGCUACCCUGCAUGAAGGGGCCGCCAGUCGAGAUCCACGUGGACCCUACCGCAACCCCGAAGGCAUGCCACAUCCCCGCCAAUAUCCCCCUUCAUUGGCAGCAACAGGUAUACGACGACCUCCUACGUGACGAAGCCCUGGGCGUGAUCGAACGCGUUCCAUAUGGCGAACCCGUGACAUGGUGUCACCGCAUGGUGAUCACACGGAAGCAGAAUGGAUCGCCACGACGCACGGUCGACCUCUCGCCACUCAAUAAAUUUUGCCAACGGGAGACAUUCGCCAUGGAGUCUCCGUUCCACCUCGCACGACGCGUCCCGAUGGACACCUGGAAAACCGUGACAGAUGCCUGGAACGGCUACCACAGUGUUCCCCUCCGCGAAGCAGAUCGACCCCUCACGACCUUCAUCACACCAUUUGGGCGCUGGCGUUAUACUAGGGCGUCGCAAGGCUUCCUCUCAUCGGGAGAUGGAUAUAAUCGCCGCUUCGACGCCGUUCUAUCGGGCUUUGAGCGCAAGGAACGUUGUGUCGACGACACAAUACACUACGACUCCGAUCUGGAACAGCAUUGGUGGAGGACCAUCGACUUCCUCACCCGCGUUGGUGAAGCCGGCAUCGUGCUUAACCCGGAGAAGUUUCAGUUUGCGCAGAAAAGCGUAGACUUUGCGGGCUUCCGCGUCUCGGAAUCCACCAUCGAGCCCCUCCCCAAAUACUUGGAUGCCAUCCGGGACUUCCCUACUCCGGUCUCUACGACUGACAUCCGAAGCUGGUUCGGCCUCGUAAACCAAGUGUCGAACUAUGCACAGCUACGCGACAUCAUGGCGCCAUUUAAGCCUUUCCUGAGCCCGCGCUGCAAGUUCUCCUGGUCAUCCCAAUUGGAAGAGGCAUUUCAGGCGUCAAAAGCGGCCAUUAUCCAGGCCAUACGCCAAGGCGUGGAGAUCUUUGACAUGCAGCGACGCACUUGUCUACGCCCCGACUGGUCGCAACGUGGCAUCGGUUACUUACUGCUGCAACAGCAAUUUUAA